AUGAGCGAUAUGUCAAAAGACUAUAAGAAAAAUAAAAAUUUUAAAAGCUAAGAUAGACAUUCCAAAUAUGAUAAUAACACUAAACAAUAUGAAUCUAAAUCAAAUUAUAGUUAGAAUAAAGAUGGGAAGGUGCUUGGAAAAAGAAAUAGAUAUGAAGAAUUGAACUAGUAAUAAUGGGACAAGGAGGAUAAAUAUCAUGGAAAGGAAGUGAAAGGUGAUAAUGAAGAGUCAAAAGAGGGAGGUUUUAAUUCUGACUCUAGUGAGGAAAUUGAUCUUUACAAACAAGACAAGAAAAAGGGAGAAGUGAUAAAUGUUGAAUUUGAGUUGGUAUUACCAUGUGAGACAUAUUAUCAUACUGUCAGAGCACUCCUUUCUCAAUAUCUUGAUGGUGAAGAACAAGAGAAGCUUGACUUGUCUGGGUUAGCAGAUUUAGUUGUUUCUUGUAUUUCAAUAGGGUCAGUAGUAGCAAGUGCUCUUGAACUAAAUCCUGAGGAUGAUCCCUAAUAUAAACAUUUAAAUGACGAGGACUUCCAAAAGGUUGUUAAUAAGCUUAAUACAUAAAGAGAUGUAUAUGGUUUCACUACUGUAUUGAGUCUUACUCGUAGAAAAAAUCAACACAAAUGCUUCCAAUAAAUAAUUGACUAUGUGACUGAGAAAGCUAAUAAGCACUGUAAUGACAAGUAAAAAGAUCAACUUACUACCAUUCUUAAUAAGAAAAAUGCGGGAAUUCUUCUUAAUGAAAGAUUGAUCAAUUUACCAUUUAUGGAAUUAGUUCCUUAGUUGCAUUCAUCUUUACCAGAAGACAUUAAGUUUACAAAGAAACAAGAUGAUAUCGAAGAUCCAAGAGAAUUUGAUUAUUAAUACUUACUUUGCAUCACAAGGUAUACAAUUGAAAAUGAAAAGAGAGAUGGCUUGAAAAAGUAAAAAACUGAAGGAGGAAACACUAAACUUUAUUAUAAGGCAGAAGAUGAACUAUUCUCAAGACAUGCAGAAGUGAGUUUCUCAUUCAAAACAAUAUUCAGAGAAACCAUGUAAGAUGGUUAGAAGAAGAACAUCGUUGGAGGAGGAAGUGGCGCUCCAGAAACUCAUUACAAGAUGAUAUAUUUGAUUAAGUAUUCUGAAUAUGAGAAGAGGUUAAAAGAAAUUGCUAAUUUCUUCUGA